AACUCCUAUAGCAUCAGAGUCAGAUUGGGCUGUUUCCCUGUCUGAGCUAAGAAUGGAUUUGGGUUGUUAAAAUAACCGAAAAGUGAAUCAACAAGUGCCAAAUUUGUUCAAAUAUGGGAUGUGCUAUUAGCUCUUCGGGCGAAAAAGAAGCCGCUGAAAGAUCGAAAAAGAUUGAUAAAGGCCUUCGAGCUGAUGGAGAAAGAGCAGCUAGAGAAGUGAAACUUUUGUUAUUAGGAGCUGGAGAAUCUGGUAAAAGUACGAUCGUAAAGCAGAUGAAAAUCAUCCAUGAAACUGGAUACUCUAGAGAAGAAUGUGAACAGUAUCGUCCAGUUGUCUACAGUAACACUAUUCAGAGUCUCAUGGCCAUAAUAAGAGCAAUGGGGCAAUUGAGAAUAGACUUCGCAGAUCCUGGAAGAGCGGACCUUGCCAGACAAUUCUUCACCCUGGCUAGCGCUGCCGAGGAGGGUGAAUUGACUCCAGAAUUGGUAUUGAUAAUGAGACGAUUAUGGCAGGAUCCGGGUGUCGAACUGUGUUUCUCCAGGUCAAGAGAGUAUCAGUUGAAUGAUUCUGCCGCUUACUAUCUGAAUGCGCUGGAUAGAAUAGCUCAGCCCAACUAUGUUCCCACUCAACAGGAUGUUCUUCGGACUCGCGUCAAGACAACUGGCAUCAUUGAAACACAUUUCACAUUUAAAGGACUGCAUUUCAAAAUGUUUGAUGUUGGAGGCCAAAGAUCCGAAAGAAAGAAAUGGAUCCAUUGCUUUGAAGGUGUAACAGCCAUUAUAUUCUGUGUUGCUCUGUCGGGAUAUGAUCUUGUUCUCGCUGAGGAUGAGGAAAUGAACAGAAUGAUUGAAUCCAUGAAACUAUUCGAUUCCAUUUGCAAUAGUAAAUGGUUUGUUGAAACGUCAAUCAUAUUGUUUCUGAACAAGAAGGACUUAUUUGAAGAGAAAAUACACAACAGCCCGUUGACCAUUUGUUUCCCCGAAUAUACCGGAUCUAACACCUAUGAGGAGGCAGCAGCCUACAUUCAAAUGAAAUUUGAAAAUCUGAACAAAAGAAAGGAUCAAAAAGAAAUCUACACACAUUUCACAUGUGCUACUGAUACUAAUAACAUACAGUUUGUAUUUGAUGCUGUAACAGAUGUCAUUAUCAAAAACAACUUGAAAGAUUGUGGCCUAUUCUAGAUGUAGUAUUUAUGACUGUGCUGCCUGUGUAUGUGUAUUAAGAUUUCAAUUAACUUCACCUCUUAUUGUUCUCCUCAUCAGCCUGCUAUUUGGAUAAAACCAAGCCAUAUUUUACAAGCAGGUCUACUUAUUUAUCUUCAUUAUUUUUAUCACUUAUAUAUUAUUUCAUAAUUCUAUGCGAUUUAUUGUAUAUCGUCAUACUUUGAUGAUUCUGUCAUUGUAUAAAAAUAGAAUAGCGUUUUAAGAGAAGAAAUUAUGAUCAAUUCAAAUUGCUACUUUUAAAAUUUAUAGGUGUAACUUAUAUUGAUAUUAUCGUUUCCAUUGUCAAACAUAUGCUCAAAUUAUGACUGAUGUAGAACUCAACCUAAAAAACUAGUUCCAGUGGCAGCUUUGAAAAUGGUGGAUUCACCAUUCUUUGAAGCUAUUGACAAAAUGAUUGAAAAUUAUGCCAUGAAUUCCUAUUGGGUACACAGUACUGGGGCCAUGACUCAAAUGUAAGAUAUACUUUUAAAAACUGUAAAUUUUUUUUCUGUGAUUCCUAAAGUAGUAUUGUAUAUUCUGCAAACAUUUGAAAAAUACUUGGGCAAUGGAGAAGUGGUUUCAAUAGCAUUCGAAUAAAAUAUAUGUUUGUUACAAAACAUUUUUUUAACAAUUCUUCUAUUAUUUUUAAAGAGCAUCUUUCAAUGACUCAACAACAUUUAGAUCAAUUUAGUGUAGAAAUUGAGUUUCAUGACCAAUGUGUUUUCAAAUCUAACUAGAUUGAAAAAUAAUUUGUAAUCAGGCUCCAGCCAUAGCUACCUCUAAUACAAGGCCCUGGCCUACGAUAUUGCAACGUCGAAGUGUAGGCCUAGAAUCUAAUACAUGAUUGGUGAAAACUAUUUUGAAAAAUACCAGCUGAUUUUUUUCACCAAUCAUGUAUUAGAUUCUAGGCCUACACUGCGACGUUGCAAUAUCGUAGUCCAGGGCCUUGUAUUAGAGGUGGCUAUGCUCCAGCACAUCAAUUUUGUUUAUAAUUCGAUGUCUCCAUCUCUUACAUGAUGGCUAUUAUUGUAUAUGAAUGACCUCCAAAUUGAAAAAAAAAGUUUUACCCAUAAAAUUAUUCCAAGUGACUCUAAUUACGAACAACUAUUUGAAUAUUAGCAUUAAAGUUGACAAUUCAUGUGCCAGGGGUUUGUACAGUCAAACAUUUUGUAAAUAUAGAUAUUGCUGAAUAUCUUUUUCAAAAUAAGCUACUUUUUGUGCCUCGUAUUUUUGUAAUGUUAGCAUAUCGUAUGUUUUUACUUAUAACGAGAGCAAUCAAACUGUUUAUCUGUGUUAUUUGCUGUUGAAAAAUAUCACGAACCAUGACAUGAUAAUGCCAUUUUUUAAUCUUGGUGCAUAUUCAUACCGUUGUAAUUGAUCUUAAACUUGAGAAUAAUGAAGUGUUUGUCGCAUUAAAGCAGGUAUUAAGAUCGUGAUUGUUGAGAAUACCUCAAUCUCUGAACAAAAAUAUAAUUUGAUCUUAAAAAUGAUUCAAUCUCCAAUGAUGGAAAUAUUCGUAAAAAAUGAAUUCUGUGUUGUUUAGAAUGAUAAAGGUAUCAUUAUUAGUCAAAAUUUUGACAAUAAAACAAUGCACUAUCAUAAUGCAUUAAUUAGUAACUUUAAGAGACUGGGAUUGCUUUUGAAUUAGCCGAAAAUAUACUUUGUUAUAUGAACUAACGUCCAUAAUCUUAAUACUGUAAUGUCCUUUCUUGAAUAUGUAAGCUUUAGAGCUAAACGACCAAUGCUUUCUCAUUAUUAUUUUAACAUUUGAUGAUUCAAGAUUUGUUGUGUGAAAAUAUGAUCACUCGAUUUCAUAGUUUUAUUUGAUCACCUUUCAAUUCAGAAGUUAAUCAGCAUUUUCAAGUUGAUUAUGUCGAUGAAAAUUAUAAGUUUGAAGUCAAUUAUUGAAUGUUCUAUUACUUUUUAAUUGUAAUUAUUAUUCAGUUGUUGAGUAUUUAAAAUUGUAUCUAUUCAAUAAUUCUAUGGAUGUAAUGAAAAAUAAAUCAUGUUUUCAAGUAGUGAAAGAGAGGAAUUAAAUAUACAUUAAUCUCACCUUGGAAUGAUAAUACGAUUACACUUAGUAUCUCAUAUAUAAAUUCAAAAAAAAAUUUAUUUUAAUGUUUUUGACAUUUUAACUGAAUUUAGGCAGGAAAAAACGUAAGUGAAAUAAUAUUCUUAAGAUUACAUAAAAAGUAGGUAGUUUUCACGCAACAACAUACGUUAAGCGUAUGAUGGUGGAUUAGACAAACUCCCCCCCCCCCCUAACUGUGUUCAAUGGUGAAGAUAAUGAAUCGAGUUUACAAUUUUAAAGAUAGUGUAGGGUAGUAGAUUAGCACAAUCGAUAAGAACGCACAUAAACCGCUUUAAUUUAUAAAUUAGUUUUGAUUCCUCACUUAUUUUGAACUUCUAUUGCUCUCGAUUUUUUUAAUUAGUAUGUCUGAAGAGUAUUCUAUAUUUCUGUGGAUAAGAUUGAUUUUGAAUGUUUGGAUUUAAAUCAGCAAUGAUUGAGGAAAUGUGGUUUCCCAAGUAUUGGUUACUUUGUAGAUUUUUAAUUGCAUCAUUGAAGAUAAUCUACUUAUCAUUCCAAGUUAUUUUGAACUACUAUUAAUGUUUGUGAAUAAGUAUAAUUAAAAAUGCAUUGAAGUCUGUUGUCCUAGUUUGAUAGCAAAAUAUAGCUGUAAUCAAGCUAUCAUUUUAAAAAAUGUUAAAUCAUUGUACGAAUCAAUAGCAGAACAUGUCUUCUAUACCAGAUAUAGAAUUUAUAUAAAGAUAUACAUUUCAAUUUCGAGUGCCCAUAAUCGAUUGUUACUUAUUACAUAUAAUAGUUGUUAUUCGAUUAUUAUUAUUGGUGUAAGAGGUUUCACUCUUGAACUUUUACAUUUAUUUUUAUAUGAUGGUCAAUUAGAAACUAUUUUUGAAGUUCUAUCGAAUCAGUCAAUGUUUUCAUAUCUCAAAUCCAUCGUAAAUCUAAUUAUUUUUUGUUUGGAAAAUCAGUUUGAUCGCAUAAUAUAUUAUGAUAGUCUGUUUAAAAACCCCGAAUCUUCUAUUUAAGACGUUCCUCCUCUUAAAAAAUAGGUUAUUUAUAAAAUUCUCUAGUUGUAAUUGCAAUUUACCAUGUCAUUGGCUUUUAAUAAUACUAUAUUUUUCAAAUUAUUAUAUGUCAAAUGAAUGUUUAUCUUCAAAAGAAUUUUUAAACAGAACUCAGGUUAUUGAAAUAUUCUAAGUGUACUAUUAAGUGUUCUUAAUACAUAUUUUACUAUUUCACAUACAUAUAUUUAUACAUUAUAUCAAUAAUCAAUAAUUUUUAAGGAAUGUAUUGCUUCUAAUAUUGCGCUCAUUCAACGAAUUAUCUAUUUAAUAGGUUUUGCUAUCAAUUUUCAAUGUAUAGGUGUAAUCGUACCAAACAUCUCAAUUUACAGAAAUGAAUAAUGUCGAUUUUCAAAAUUAUAUCAAUGUUUUUAAAGUAAUAAUAAGUAAUAUUUUCGCUCCGUUUGAAUAACUUUAUAAAAUAAAUAGAUUUUUCUUGCUAUUAUUGUAUAAAUCCAGUACAUUUAACUGUUUAUAUGAAAAAUCGUUUUAUAAGUCUAUGCAUAAUACUGGUGAGUGUUGAAGCUGGUGGUUUGAAUAAAUGUUACUGAAUAGCAGAUGGAAAAUUCAGAGGUGAAAGAAUGACAAAAAAUGGAUAGCUACGAAAAUUUUACUAACUUACCAAAUAACUGUGAUAAUGCUGAUUGCCACAUUUUUAGAAAGUCACUCAAUGUGGCUUACACUUGACUCAACAUUGGGUUGCAUUGGAAUUCUAUGAAAAUUCUCAGAUGUAAACUGUAUACAUCACUGAAUCAAUAACUAAAUAGCCAAAAUAGAUGUCAGGUAUUUUAUUAAUGAACAUGUAACCAUAUUAAAUGACAUACUAUGGUAAAGGUAUUGGCCAUUAUAAAAUGAAAUCAAACUAUAAGUUUAAUCCUAAUCCUAGUGUAAAACGUUCGGCAUUGUUAAAUGCUGUCAAGAAUAUUUUAUUAGACACGCAAAUUGGGAAUGUGUUGUAGAAUAAAAAAUUCAAACCUUCAUGUGCCACAUGUGAAUGACUCAUGAUAUUGUGUGUGUGUAAUUUAGAAUGAGAUGUGUCAUAUAUUGUAUGAUAACUGAAAUUUCAUUGUUGAUUGUUCAAUAAAGGCCUAAUGUGAAGGCUAAUAUUAUUGUAUGUGUUCGAGCAGAUGAAAAGUAAGGAAUGAUUUAAAAUGAUAUAAGUGAAGAGUAAUAUUAGAUAUUUCUUGAUUCGAUUACUAAUAAUUGAAAAGAUAAUGAUAAUUAUUUUUUAUAAUCAGUAUUUUAAUAAACUUUCACCUUGAUAUUGUAAUGGAAAUAAAGUUUUAUUAUUGUUGAUUUCAUGUCGAUAAUUGAAUACACUGUUUAUCUGUU